CCACAACCGGUGCCAGGGUCUGCAUUGGUUUGUUGUUCUUCAGGAUGGUUAUCUGUUCGAGCUUUCCCGUUAAAUGAUAUAUAAUUUUUUUUCUUCAUGAUGCUUUUGAAAUUGUCAAGAUAUGAUAUCCCACCUCUGAGGCAUACCAGAUGAGGCCGCUUUUCUUCUGUCUGCUCCUAGCUUUGCGGCGCGUUGCAGCCGAUGAUGACGAAGGAUCCGAUUCCAACCCCAGAUGCAACACCAAUGUGAACAUUGCAUCCCAAACAGAUGCAGACUCUAUCGCCUCCUGUCAAACCGUCCGCGGUAGUGUGACCAUGGCGAACUCUGCGAGCGGGACUAUCAACCUCCACGGAGUCGAGACAAUUCAAGGCCCUCUCACAGCUCACGGAGCUUCGAACCUCAGUUCGUUGAUAGCAUCGGACCUGAAGACCGUCACUGGAACAUUGACCGUGGAGAAUAAUGAUGCGCUCAAUCAAAUCUCAAUAUCCAAUUUACAGACUGUGGGAGGAGACAUCAAAGUGGAGAACAAUCGAAAUCUGAAAGAUUUGUCGUUGAGUGACCUGGAUGAGGUCAGAGGGGGGCUGACCGUCUCCGGUGAUUUCAAUCGGAUCUCCUUCUCGAACCUUGACACAGUCCGAGGACCGACAACGAUCCAUAGCUCAGGCACCUUUAACUGCUCAAGUUUGGAUAGUCAACGGUCUGGAGAGGACAGAGUAUUCCAAAGCUCGUACUCAUGCACGACCGGCAAAACCAACAAGUCAUCCAGCAGCGAUGGACUGAGCACGGGUGCAAAAGCCGGAAUCGCCGUGGCAGUGGUGAUCGUCGUUCUGCUGAUUCUGUUCUUCCUUUGGCUAUUCAUCCGCCGUCGAAAGCGCCAGCAGAAUCGACGAACAGAAAAGACAAUACCAGAGGCUGCCCCAUCGCCCACACCGUCUCCCCCCGGCCUUACUACCAAGACAGAAAAGCUGACUCCAAAGCUCACGCCGCCCCAAGAGGACGUCGAGAGGAGUAUCCCCCGAAAGCCACCGUCCCCACCACCAGCCGCAGACACGAGAUCCUCUGUUCCAGCAUCCUUGCUCCCCGGGUCCGAGAGAAUGUCUGUUCCUGUAUCAUUACUUCCUGGGUCCGAUCCAUCAGUGUCCUCGGCCACCGCGUCCCACCGAAGAGUAACUUCCGACCCCACGCUAUUUUUACAUCAUAUCCCAUCCCCAGUGCCGCGACCUCCACCGUCAGAGAUGGAUGUUCCGAUGCUAGACAGCGGGAAUGUAUACGAGGUGGGGACCGGCCGAACAAGGCCCCAGACUCCUAUCUAUGAGCUGGACGGAGGCGGAAUGAGCAACCACCAGCAGCCUAUCCACCGCGAGUAAUGAUUGAUCAUGACAGGUACAUAGCUGUAUGCCAAGUAGACAAUGAACAAAUGUCUGCAAAUUGUAUGCCCGAGCGCGAAUCCUUUAAUGAAGUUGAUGCCAUUCAUUUCUUCCAUAUUAGCAUUAACUGACGAACUCCAUAUGCCGUUUCGAGUACAUGAAAAAUCCAAAUCGUCUAUACGGUCAUAUCUAGCAAUUUAC